AUGCGUCUUCUAUGUAUCUCUCUCAAUCCUAGUGACUUUGACUCCCUGAAUGAGAAGGACUCGGCCAAGAACAACCAGCUGGCCUUUGACAUAGCAGAGCAUGAGUUUGGUAUCCAGCCUGUGACCACGGGGAAGGAGAUGGCUCUGGACCAGGACCCUGACAAGCUGAUGAUGGUGCUGUACAUCUCCAAGCUUUACGAGAUGUUCCGCAACUCGCCUGCAUCCAUCACUGGUAGGCUGCUGUUCGGAGUCAUUCUCUCACACCUCCUCUGAUGCCUCACACAGUAUAGUCUCAAAAACCUGACCCUAGGAAACAGAAAUUACUAUUUUGGCAACUUCGAUAAGGGGGGGGAAAAUAAUUCCGGUGUGAAUUCGCUUCAGACCAAAAACUCUCCCAACAAAACAGACGUUUACGUGACACCCAGAAUGCAUUGUAUAAUGUCAACAAACAUGGCGCCACACACAGCUGGCAAAUAGCUUAGCAUUAGCUCAUCAUAAUCAGUACAACCCUCAAAAAAGCAUUUUACACAUAUCCUAUAUGUCCAUUACAAUCUAUGCAAGAAUUGGAAUGCGUGAUUUGUCACCAGUACUUGAAAACUUGAAUAAAACAGUAAAUACAUUAUGCUCCAUGCAUACAUAUGGUAUGCUACAGUAGAAACGACAACACGAUAUACAGAAAAUAAGGCACUUACUUUGAUAGGAACGCACACAAAGUUAUUAUUUGUAAGGAAACAACAAGAAGACAAUGCGGGCGCCAGCCAGAAAAUGUGCCAGGGGGGAAAGUUCAUGCUAGACUGCGCAAGUGUCUGCAUACUUGAUCUGGGGAAACACUGGGGAGGUGCUUGGGCUCUCAUCGAAGAGAGAAGUGUCCAGUAAAGCCUCAAACAUAAAUUGUCCGCAACAGUGAAAAACUUGUUAGAAAAUAAUUUCUAAUUGACAAGUUGAAAUAUAGCCUAUAGAUAAUUAGAAGGCAGCGUGUGUCUUGGUUUGAGGGCAGCGCAGGUCAACUGUCCUGUUGCGUAACAAUCACAUUUUGGAACAGUGAGUGCAUUCUCACAUCACAAGCAUAAAAACACUCAAACUGGGGCGACCUUUAGAGAUAUUUAGAACUCACGUGUGAAAAGGUUAAAAAUAACCUCUGUGAGCUCCAUCUUGCUAGCUACUAUUUUGUCUUUUAUUCAAGUGGAUAAGGCAGUGUCCUACUGUAGGCAGUGACAUAGUUCCUCUAUGCCAAACUGACGUUCUAUUACGUACAGACGUGAACGUCGGAACAUUUGAAAAUUGUGGGAGGCAUUCUGGAUGUCUAGGGAGACUACACACACUACAGAACAGUUCCUGCAGUAGCUCAAUAGUCUAAUUCCUGAAGCCCCAGAAGUUGAAACUCCAUGCACAAUGGUUGCGUAAUGGGACCCUGAAGUCUGAUAUGUUAACGAACAUUCUUCAUUUAAAUUUAAAUUUAAAUAAUUUUGAUAUACUACUUACUAUUCUCGAUGAACUACUCCAUAACUUUGGAGUUUUACUACUCCUGAGGUAUGAUUUAUUUGCAGGAUUCUGAAGGUUAGAUUAAGCUUAAGCUUGAACCCAUAAUGAGGAUAGUGUGUGACUGAGCGGUUAUGACUUUUUACAUCUGUCACGAUGGGAUAGGAUUGCAUGUUACACAACCGGGUCAGUUAUGAGAGUGUGGUAUGUAAGAAAUGCAUUCCGGCCCCAGUUCAGAUCAUCUCACAGGGCCAUGGUAAUAACAAUGCCUCUAUGAUCUAUAGGGCUGCCUUUAUUGAAUACAGUAGGAGUUAUGUUAAAUGGCUGAGAAUUCAUUCACUUAAAUACUAAUGUUUCAGCCCACUGACUAUUGUAAUGCCCUCACAAUAGUGUCUAACACUUGGUGAUUAAUCAAAAUGAAUCCAUUUUGAAUUGUGGAUACAACUGUUUGGGGGUUUAUUUUCACAUUACUCUAUCUCGUUACCCUCUUGAUUUGGCUUGGCCUAGGGGCCUGGUUUAAUACAGUGUGUGUAUUAGAGUAUGUCGCGUACCAGAACACCCAUAACACACUGCUAUGCUUUGUUACAGGUACAAGGGAAACGGAUGAGAACAAUGAGGAGUAUUCAUCAGAGUCUGCAUACUUGGUUUACAACUUAAUUAACCAAACACAGCCCAAAAAAAGGAUCCCAAAGGUACUGUGAGUUCCUCCUCUCCUCCUCACCCAUUUGCAGGCUUUAAAAGGAAACCAAUGCAACAACAAAGGCCUCCUUCAUGUAAAUCCGAUUUAGCCUGCGUAAAGUGUGUGUGUGUGUCAACAGGUUUACUUGACAGAUGAAAUAAAUUCCUAUGUGCCAAUAAAUUACAAGAAGUCAUUGAAAUGUAGAUUAGAUAAGGUACUGUAUGUGAACGAGACUGAGAGACCUAGAUAAUCUACAUUUUACAAGGCAUACUUUCUUAAUGAUAACCCUCAGACUCGAUAACCUUUGACUGUGACGUGAAUGAGGGUGAAUAAACAGUGAUUUAUGUCUAUUUUGUACUACCUUUUCCUCAAAGGAUGACCGGAAGCUGGAGGAGAACGACCCAAUGAACAAAAGACGAAGAAAGGGCAGCAACUAUUUAGAGGAGGUGUGUUGGUGACAACAACAAUCAGAUCUCGAUCACCAGUAUGGCCUUAGAUGGCGCCAUUUUAAUGUCGAUAAAGGGACUGAUCAUUCAUUGUGUUGUCAGUUGUCCUGUCAGAGUGCCCCCCCUGCAGGUGACGGCGGGGAGCAGAAUAAAGUGCGCUCAAUGGCCACACAGCUACUGGCCAAGUUUGAGGAGAAUGCAUCGCCCGGCGGUUCCCUGCACAAUAAGGUGAGCCGCUCCAGGUGAACAGUACUCUGACCAGAGGGGUCAAUGGUCAAGGUCCCUGUACACUGUGCUGUGUAGAGACAGUGAAAAAAGGGAGCCAACACAUUGUAAAGUCGCAUACAGACAAUAAACUGUUGAUGCCCUCAGUGCUGAUGGUUACUGUAAGACUCUUCUGUUGUACACGGAUGUUGGCCCAACAUCAUGCUACUGACCUCAAAGCUAAGACUGAAAGCUUGUGUCGUGUCGGUCAGUUCAUUCUCUGAUGGUUGAUCAUAUCUGAAUGUAGUAAUCUGUACUAUUGUAUGAGUGUGUCUGUCUGUCUGUCUAGGUUUAAUCAUACACGGGGAAUGUUUUUGUGUGGAAAUGUCAGAUAAUGAAGGCACUAUGUGGAACCUACUGGUUCUCGAUGGUACAUACAGUUCUGAGAGAGUUUGGAAAAGGAUGAAAUUCAUUUCAUAGACCUGCUUUUACACCAGGGGAGAGCACUUAUGUCCUUGUAUCCAAUUCUGCAACCUCACUGCUACCAUAAUCAUGUUUGAAUACAGCCCAUUGUGUUGUAAGACUGUAAAAGUGGACAAAUCCUCCACUCCUCCUGCCACUACCCUUGGGUACGGUUUGAGUACAAAGUUUUGACGAGGUGUAGUUUAUUGGUAAUGGUCAAGAAAGCUAUGAAGAGAUUGAAGAUACAUUUACUGUAUCGUUUUACUUCCACCAAUAACAUACUUCUAGUAUAUCAACCACUACAUUAGUCACACAGUAAUCUUAGCUGCUCCACUAUAAGAAGAGCGAGGCUGUUCCUGGAUUAUAGGAUUAAAGAAAGCAGGUUGUGCAUUUGAAACCUUGAUACAGAAGUGAAUACAGUAUAAUCUGCCUGUGAAGCCCCAUCAAAGGACUGAGUGGCUCUGUUAGCAGGGCAUUCGUUCAAAUGCUCUUUAACUAAAUGCCUUUAAAUGUCUGAUUAUGGUGUGGAAUACCAUGGGGAUGGUUAUGGUACAAAUACUUAAGUGAUAAUGCCAGAGAAGCCGGUGUUUUGAGGAUAUAUUGGCACAGGUGUUGUUAGGCCCGAGACGAAGUCGAUGGCCAGCAAACCGUGCCAAUAUAUCCUCCAAACACCAGCUUCGAGGACAUUAUCACUUUUAUACAACGGGUUACCAACAUAUUCAAAUAAUGAUUUACAUAUUUUCAUUAAAAACGUUAUUUUGAUGAAUUUAUUCAUACUAUUUCAUCCUUCCACAAAAUAUAGUCCCAACACAAAUCUAGGGUUGCUACCCAAGCUGGCUGGUCGUUCGUUCUAUUGGUUCGGUUGCCAGAGACGCGACCCAGUCAUUCAGUCUUUUUGUUCAGUAUUUAUGGAUGCGACCCAGUCGUUCGUUCUAAAUGUUCCAUUGCCAUACUAGCUGGCAUCGUUCUUAUCCGUUGCUUGCUAGCUAGCCAACUACGGCUAAUUUACAGUCAUGUCAAACAGUGCAGCCAGAAUAACAGCAAAGUAGCUGCAUUUGCAUUUGUUUAAGCUGUUUUCUAUUGACAUUUAUUUGGAUACAUCCAUAUAAUGAGCUAAUGAUGCGCGAUUUUGCCUGGCGUAGAAAAUGUGCUCACUCUUCAGGACACUGUUGUUCAGAGGAGCCAGCCAACAACACAGCUAACACAAUCACUUCAAACUGAAGCUACAGUGGGGGAAAAAAGUAUUUAGUCAGCCACCAAUUGUGCAAGUUCUCCCACUUAAAAAGAUGAGAGAGGCCUGUAAUUUUCAUCAUAGGUACACAUCAACUAUGACAGACAAAAUGAGGGAAAAAAAUCCAGAAAAUCACAUUGUAGGAUUUUUAAUGAAUUUAUUGGCAUAUGAUGGUGGAAAAUAAGUAUUUGGUCAAUAACAAAAGUUUCUCAAUACUUUGUUAUAUACCCUUUGUUGGCAAUGACACAGGUCAAACGUUUUCUGUAAGUCUUCACAAGGUUUUCACACACUGUUGCUGGUAUUUUGGCCCAUUCCUCCAUGCAGAUCUCCUCUAGAGCAGUGAUGUUUUGGGGCUGUCGCUGGGCAACACAGACUUUCAACUCCCUCCAAAGAUUUUCUAUGGGGUUGAGAUCUGGAGACUGGCUAGGCCACUCCAGGACCUUGAAAUGCUUCUUACGAAGCCACUCCUUCAUUGCCCGGGCGGUGUGUUUGGGAUCAUUGUCAUGCUGAAAGACCCAGCCACGUUUCAUCUUCAAUGCCCUUGCUGAUGGAAGGAGGGUUUCACUCAAAAUCUCACGAUACAUGGCCCCAUUCAUUCUUUCCUUUACAUGGAUCAGUCGUCCUGGUCCCUUUGCAGAAAAACAGCCCCAAAGCAUGAUGUUUCCAACCCCAUGCUUCACAGUAGGUAUGGUGUUCUUUGGAUGCAACUCAGCAUUCUUUGUCCUCCAAACAUGACGAGUUGAGUUUUUACCAAAAAGUUAUAUUUUGGUUUCAUCUGACCAUAUGACAUUCUCCCAAUCCUCUUCUGGAUCAUCCAAAUGCACUUCAGACGGGCCUGGACAUGUACUGGCUUAAGCAGGGGGACACGUCUCGCACUGCAGGAUUUGAGUCCCUGGCGGCGUAGUGUGUUACUGAUGGUUGGCUUUGUUACUUUGGUCCCAGCUCUCUGCAGGUCAUUCACUAGGUCCCCCCGUGUGGUUCUGGGAUUUUUGCUCACCGUUCUUGUGAUCAUUUUGACCCCACGGGGUGAGAUCUUGCGUGGAGCCCCAGAUCGAGGGAGAUUAUCAGUGGUCUUGUAUGUCUUCCAUUUCCUAAUAAUUGCUCCCACAGUUGAUUUCUUCAAACCAAGCUGCUUACCUAUUGCAGAUUCAGUCUUCCCAGCCUGGUGCAGGUCUACAAUUUUGUUUUUGGUGUCCUUUGACAGCUCUUUGGUCUUGGCCAUUGUGAAGUUUGGAGUGUGACUGUUUGAGGUUGUGGACAGGUGUAUUUUAUACUGAUAACAAGUUCAAACAGGUGCCAUUAAUACAGGUAACGAGUGGAGGACAGAGGAGCCUCUGAAAGAAGAAGUUACAGGUCUGUGAGAGCCAGAAAUCUUGCUUGUUUGUAGGUGACCAAAUACUUAUUUUCCACCAUAAUUUGCAAAUAAAUUCAUUAAAAAUCCUACAAUGGGAUUUUCUGGAUUUUUUUUCCUCAAUUUGUCUGGCAUAGUUGACGUGUACCUAUGAUGAAAAUUACAGGCCUCUCUCAUCUUUUUAAGUGGGAGAACUUGCACAAUUGGUGGCUGACUAAAUACUUUUUUUCCCCACUCUACCUGCACUUCAUUUAGUUGUACCUGUUUUCUAUUGAUAGUUCUUUGUAUAUAUCCAUAAAAAUGAUGCUGAUUCAUGAUUUCGACUGGCUGAGAAAAGCAGACAGCAAGGUUUAUACAAAUCUCCGCUGUUGAAAAGUAAGAGUCUAAAAAUGUUUUUUUAGAUGCUUUUUAUAGUGGAGAUCAAGUUUAUAAAUUGCCUGUCUGGGCUGAUGAGACAGUGGAUUGCUCAGUCAGAUGGAACAGAGCUAAUAGGCAUUUUAACGUCAUAGAUUUAGCCGGUGGUAACUUUUGGAAUAGACACCGGCUGGAAUGCGGUUUUAACCAAUCAGCAUUCAGGAUUAGACCCACCCGUAUAAAGUGUAAUGGAUGACGGCAGUGUGUGGUUUUGAAUGAUACUACCGAAACAACAAAUAAUUCUGCACCGCUUUAUCAUCUGUUUUUUCCUAUUCCUCCUGCUUGUCCUUCCCUUCCUGCCUUAUCUGAUGUCUGCUGCUCUGUCAGUCUUAUUUGCACUCAGACUCUGAUUCAAGCCGUCCUUCAUCUCCUUCUCUGGAUAUGACGGAGAACCCUCGCUUCGCUAAGCCCAGGGAACAGCCCCCUCCCUCGCCUCCACUCCCACGCCCCAAGUGGCAGGUACAGUCACCAUGAAGGGUCAGCCACUGCAUCAUAAACCCAAUAACGUAGCCUAUGUUAACAAAAGAACCAAUGGUUAAAAAUCACCAUAGUCUUCUAGACCAAGAGUAAUUGAAAAGACACUCCCUUUACUCCACUCACUGAUGAUCCUGGAGGUUCGCCCUCUACUGGCUGGAGUUCAGUGCUGCUUUACACAUUGCUUUGUGUGUGUAUAUCUGCUUUCAGCCGUCCAUCUAUAUGCAACUCUUAGAAGAGCCUGCAGCCGUGGCGCAACCCACUCCCCUGUACAUUCCCACGAGGUCCUGGAGUCCUUCUCCACAUGAUGAUCAUACACAGGCCUCUCCGCGCGCGGAGUUGGUGCAGCAGAGAGUGUGGAUUCCACACACUGAAACCCCAGAUGGUGUAGAUUACCCAGAACACCCUUUUCCUGACCCCACAGGGGUGGGCCAGCGCCUAGAGAAGCUGGAGGACAAGAUGAGCCAGGUGACAAUGAGCCUGCAUUCUAUCUGUCUGGACCCACCAUGUUAGCCCCAUUCCAAGCCAUGCCUUACUUCUGUACUCUCACAGUAAAAAUGUUUUGCGUGGAAAUUGAUUUUAUGCUCAUUUCAAAACAGUAAAUCCAAUUGUGCCUUAGCCACAAAAGUCUAGCAGACAGCACAACUCGGCAACAAAAACAUCAUUGUUCAAAAGAUACAAAAUGUAUAAACAGUGUUCAUACCCCACGUCAUCAGCUUUACUAUGGAUUAUGGUUACUGUUCAGUAUUUACUUGCCUACUUCCUGCCGUUUCUGACUUUCACACUUGCUUAUCUUUCCUUUACUUGUUGCUGUUCUUCAGAAAAAAGUAACUACUGUAAACUGUAACUACUGGGGAAUUUAACAGGAAGAGUAUAAAGGAUAGGGCAGUGCUCCUGCGUUCUAUGUUCCCUGAGUCAGAGACUCCUCAAGUGAAAGAGUAUAAGGUGAAAGUGUUGUGCCGCCCCUCGCCUGCCUGCCUGUCUAACCCCAUCUAAGGAAAUGAGGCACAGCAUGUUUGUGUCCCUGUACACAAGUUCUGUUUGACUGUCUCAGCCUGUUUAGAAGGAUAUAAUGUCACCAGUCAAACCUACUCACAUUUACUGAGAGUGGAGCAUGUUUUUGAAGGCUGGUAACAGCUUGGUAAUCCAUUUUAAAUCCAUUUGUUGGCAGUUGUUUUCUUGCAGCAUGUCUUGUUUCCAUGGUGUUACAGUUCUGAGAAUUCCAGGUCAGGUGACUUCCCUCUGCAUGAUGAGUGAACAUUCAUAACUUCACUAGAAAAGAUAAAGGUUGAGCUGUUGAAUUUUUCUCUGACCAUUUGUUUCUCUCCGACUUACAUUCAGCUUGCAUCUCCUCAUUAUUUUUGGGGUGGGAUGUGAAGGGCUAGAUGAUUUGGAGAUUUCUCUCAUUUCUGAUGUGAAUCCUUUUUCUACAGACGGAUCUGUCUGCCUUUGUCCCUAAAAGCACUUCAAUACACACUGUCCCUGAACCCUCUGCUCUUUCCUGCUUCUCUUCUCUUACCGCAACAUCUCCUGUGCACCAAGACAAGGUAAAAACGGUCCUUGUUGUGGUCCUCUGUGACCAGCCAAAACUCCAAGAAUAUCAGCUCACUCUGACCAUGUUUUUUAUGGUUUUAGUGCAAUGGAAGUUCUGCAUCAAGUAGACUCAUUCAAAAGCCAAUCAAACGUUCUGUGAGUUAUCAAGCUGAACCCUUCAAGCCUGACAAGUCCGCCGAACAGGUACCAGUAAUUUGAAAUGCAUUUGAAGUGUAAGAAUAUAGGAAAGACUCAACUCAGUCAACUCACUUUGGCCAUGUUGUUAUUGGUUUUAGUGCAACGGGAAUGCUUCGUCAAGUAGACUCAUUCAAAAGUCAAUUGAUCAAUUUGAAAGCUGUCAUUCUGAACCCUUCAAGCCUGACAAACGGGUUUCAGUAAAAGAAAACUAAUUUGUAUGAAUAAAAGAAAGACUUAAGUCAGCUCACCGUCUUUUUGAUGAUUUAAGUGCAACGGGACUGCUGGAUCAAGUAUUCAAAAGCCAAUCAAUCGAUUUGAGAGUUAUGAAGCUGGCCCCUUAAAGUCCACCGAACAGGUAUCGGUAAAAACCUCACUCUACAUCUGAAAUGUAAGAACAGAAGACACCGUUGCGUCAGCUCACUCUGACCAUCAUUUAUUUUGCUUUUAGUGCAAUGGGAAUGCUGAGUCAAGUAGAAUAAUUUGAUCGGAGAGUUAUCUAGCUCUACCCUUAAAGUCUGCCCAACAGAUAUCAGUAAAAAUGUGAAAUGUAAAAAAAAAAUUAAGAUUCUUAGAGUGUACGUCUAUUAAAUCAGCUCACUCUUACCAUGUUCUUAUUGGUUUUAGUGCAAUGAGAGUGCUGCACCAAGUAGAAUGAUUCAAAAAACAAUUGUUCGAUCUGAAAGCUGUCCAGCUGAGCCCUCUAAGCCUACUAAACAGGUAUCAGUAACAACUUCACUUUCUGCAUCUCCUCUCAUUUCUGAGUAGAAAUACAUUUCUUUGUUUUCCUUGAUCUAUUCUGAUCUUUACUUUUUCCCUUUCUGUUUCCCUCUUCCUCUCUCUUUCUCUUUUCCCCUUUCUCCGUCUUUGUGCUGGUCCCUCCCUCUACCUCUGUGACUGGGUUCUGUUAGAGGACAGUGGGGAAGGUCUCUUCUCACAUAGGUGCUAGGGCUGAAACUCUAGCCAUCCUUUAUGAAACUGACCACAGGCCUAAUGCCUCGCCGGUAAGCACAGUGUGACUAAUGAUUAUGUUUGUGCCAACACAGCCCAGUGGGAAUAUACGUCACAAGACACACACACACAAAAGUGGGCUCUAUAUCUAUUACCACCCCAAGGUCUCUAAUACCAGCUUCAGGAGUUUUGGUAACCAUCUAAACAACAACCAAGUCAUGUCUACUGCUUCCGGAUACUACAUCUGUUAUUAGUAGAAAAGAGCGACUGUGCACUGUGCACUGUAAAACAUUCUGACCUGAAUCUUACUGUGACUUCUCCAGUCAUGAGCCAUGGUGUUUUGUGUAAAGGGCCUUCAGGGGCCACAGCAAUAGUAACUCCAUGCACUCAUGUGGGUGUCUGUUCACACAGUGUUUGACCCCACUUCAGGUCUUCAGGUCUAUAGCAGUAAGAAGCAUUUAUCUUUGCCUCACUAUGCAGGCAAAGCAAACGCUAAAUGUAAUCUUGUGUAGCUUUGUGAAGCCAAUGUAUUUGACUAGUUAGUUCUCUGCUAUGGUCCAGAGAAUUGUUGAUUCAUCAUCAUUAUCAUCUCUCACUGUGCUGGAGAAAUGCCCUACUAAUAUUACAGUUCCCAUUUCAUGUUAUAUUAUUCAGCUUCCGUUGCACUAGUUCCAUCUCACUGCCUGCCUUAACAUCCACUUUAGGGUUAGGUGUUGAGACUUGUUAGGUGGUCACACCAGCACCUAAUAUUGUACACUGUUAGAAGAAAUUGUGCUAUAUAUUACUUUUUAGCAGUAGACGACUACGCUAACAGCUUGCCUAUUCCAUUGUUCUCUCCGUAUCCUUAACCUGCUGCUGUUGUCUGUGUUGUCUCCUUACAGUGUAUCAUGCGGAAGGAGUUCCCUCAGAACCUGGGAGGCAGUGACACGUGUCACUUCUGCUCCAAGCGUGUGUACGUGAUGGAACGUCUCAGCGCUGAGGGACACUUCUUCCACAGGGAGUGUUUCCGCUGUGACGUCUGCAGCUCCACACUACGCCUGGGAGGACACGCCUACAACUCCCAACAGGGUAUGAUGCUGACACACCCAGACACCAGCCACUCUCCCACCUGGGGACAGAAGCUGUUUGUGAAUUAAUUUGAUCUUUAGUGUCAGCCGGCAUGUGUUUUUACAGUGUUUGUGUUACAGGCAAGUUUUACUGCAAGCUUCACUAUUCUCAGUGUCGACCCAGCCUUCAAAGUUCAAGCAAGGUCCUGCGGAGAACGGUAAACAGCUUUCAGUAACAGUCAAACAUAAACACAGUCAUUUUUACUUAGGAGGUAUUAAUGUUAUUUUAGCUGGUCUGAUUUAAAUUGUAUGUUGUGCCUAUCACACACAGGAGGACCAGGGACGUCUGACGUCUUCGCUGGACCGGAGUGACCCCUACUUGGCCACGGGCAGCCUGCAGAACCAGCCCUCAGGUACCCUGAGUUCCUUCCUUAGGAGAAGCCUGCGUUGGCCGCUGCACGUGGGCCGGGCAGUGUGUGGGACGCCCUGCCGGCUGGCCCGCUGGGUGCAUGGGGCAGUUGGCCAGGCGGGGCUCCACUUCAUAGACCGAUCAGAGGACUACGGCUUCCUGUACGAGCUGCUGAGUCUGGGCAUGCCCCUACUGAGCAUAUUGCACGAGCUCCUGGGCCAGAUGUACAUGGAGGCUGAGCAGCCUGAGCCCCAGCCUCAGCCUCACGGCCUACUGCACUGAGCCCAGCAGCGCCUAGGCCUCAGGCCCACCUAGAGGGGCAGAGCCUGGUGCCGCCGGGCCACUGGGUCUCAUGGACUUAAUGAUGCACCUGUACUGUACUGUACUUGCUGCUGUUGCACAGGCAUUUGCUUCACAGUCUAAACAAUGUACAAUACUCUAUGAAGACUGGUUCAAUUUCAAAAGUCUUAUUUGAUUUUACGCUGAGAAACAAUCUGUUUGUUCAUAAGUAUUAUAGCAAGUGUGACGCAUGGUCCUUAAAAUUGCAGAAGGUCAUGCAUCCUUUCAAUUGCUUGAAAUCUUAUAAUUCAGUAUUCCCAUGCUUAUGUUUGGGUAAAACAUUUAUUUUUAACUCCUAAGUAAUCAAAAAAGGAUCCACUAAAAGCACUUUACUUGACUUGCAGGGGCUGCUAAGGCCUGUGUGUAGUGCCUGGUGUGCUUGUUGUGGGAAGUUGGAGAACAAAGUUCUGCUAUGCUUCUUGAACUGCACUGCUAUGUUGCACAUGAGGCAUGCAAUGGAAAAGCCAAACAGUAUUUUUUUUCUCACAAUACCUUUUAUUUGUAAUUAAGAUGAUUCUGAAAACUAUUUUGUCUGAAUUUUUUAAUGUGUAUAUUUUAGGUUUUAGAACAGCUUUCACACCGUAUUAUUUUUGAUAGAUUUGUCUAGUGCAGUUUAGUGGAACACACAUUUGAUUUUAGAUGUAUCUGUUUGAAAAACUGAUUCUCAUUGUUGUUAAAGUUUAGAUAAGUCAGGUAGAAACAAAGAUGUCUGGAAAGACUGUGAAGAUUCUAAUUAUGACUUCCUACACCAGGUACUGUAGCAAAUUCUGCCAAAGAAAGAUUUUCUUCUUUGAAAUAUUUAGUUAUAGUUUUUUGCUUUUGUGUUGCUUGUAUCACAAGCCUUGGAUUUAAUGCACAUUUCCGCACAUAUUCUAAGAUGUGAAUUAUCACAGAAAUGUUUGUGCUGAAGUGUUGUAGAUGUGCAAUAUAUCCCCAUUUUCAUUUCUCCAAUCAAUAACUUGUUCCGGUAGUACAGUAUUAUGACUUAUUGUUCUGCUAAUUAUCUGUUAUGGUACAGUGAUCCAACAAAGCUUUUAUUUAAUUUGUGAUUCUAAGUAUUUAUGUAUCUUAUGUUUUCCUUUCCAUAUAUCCCCAUUUUAAUUUCUCCAUUCUUUCUUUCACUUCAUAUGUAGCCUGUUUCAAGUUUCCAAUGCUGCAACCUCUGAUUGGCUGAAUUGUGGCUGCAGGAAGGUGAUGGCCUGCUUGGGUCACAUGAUCAAUAGUGUUGCUUUGCAUUAGCUGCCUUCAUAGCACUUCUUAACCACACAUUUACCAUUCAUGUUGAGAAUGUGGCAUGGGUCCUGUGUAUGACAACGGGUUGAUUUAAUUAGUCACACAUUGUUCGUUAAUUGAGUCACUAGGUGUAUGACACGCAUGUUUCAAAAGCCUUCCAUUCCUCCAAGCUAAUCCACUAACAGACAUGCUCUGCUGCUCUCCUUCUAACUGCGUUAACGUACAACGUGUUCAAGGUCUGAAUGCCUCCAAGUUUUUGCAUGCAGUUUUUUCAACCACUUUUUUGCUGCCCCAUCUGAUGCAUAAUAACUUCCCUGUCUCCACUUCUCUGUGUAUGUCCCCUUGUGAUUCUCUGUUGCAGAAGGCGCUUACCUCUCAGAAACCUUCUCAAGCGCUCUCUCAUGUUCCACCUAAUACACAAGUCAGCUCCAGAAUAUUUUGUUGUACAUUUUAGGUGUUUAUAAGAAUUUGUCUGCUACCUUGUAUUUUUCCAUAGUGAAUAGAACGGGUUGCUUAAUUUAUGCUAUUUAAAGCUGUAAGUAUAAAUAAAUUGAUUUGAUUACAUAAGUUACUUGCUUCCUCACUUUAAUUUUAAUUUUAUUUUUGCAUAAUUUACCAGCUAUAAUCCAUGGCUUUAACUGUUGGAAAUUUGCUGCCAAUGGUUGUCAUAUAGCAUGGCAUGGUUGAUCCAUUACAUUUAUGACAUUCUCACAGCUUUCAAAUUAACAACAGAAUUAACAAUUUAAAUGUUAAAGACUUUGGAAAAAAGGCAUUUAAAAAAUAGCACCAGCAGCCUCACAUUAAUGACCCUGUCACAAGCAUAACCUCUGUUCACAAUUAAACCUCUUGUCAUCUGUUGACUGGCACAUUCCCAUGCACUUAACCACAUCUGAAUUUCCCUGGACAGUGUCGCUCACCCCUGUUCAGUCCCGGGUCGGUUAUUUGUUUUUGGGGGACUGAGUGACAGUAGGGAGAGGUUUGAGGUUAAUGUACUUUUACCCGAAUAGCACAGUCACUGACUGUCACAACAACAAACGAUACAUUACACCUAAUGCAAAAGCGUCUCAACUAUGAACUGAAAUCAAAUAAUAGUAAUAGAACAUUACACGUAUCCUUUCACUUUAUGGGUUUCUCUUUAGGGUCUUUCUCAUCUUUCCUGUUGGGUCAUUUCUGGGUCAUCUCUGGGUCAAAUCUGGUCUGCAUUACAAGAGUUUUCGCAGAGUUCAUUUGCAAGUGGUGCUUUUUUGUUAUUCUGUAUUGGAAUCCUAACAAAUCUGACAAUCAAUGUUUGUGGAGUUACCAUCAGCAGCUCAAGUAGGCUAUUGUUCAUGUAUGUGUGUUGAAGCUGUGUUGCCUCGACAAUUACACACACGCACACUUCCACAAUAUGCUACACAACCUAACCAACAUAUUCGGUUAAUUCCGAUACUGAGCAUGCCCCAUAUAGUGGUCCUCUGUAGCUCAGCUGGUAGAGCACGGCGCUUGUAACGCCAAGGUAGUGGGUUCGAUCCCCGGGACCACCCAUACACAAAAAUAAAAAUGCACGCAUGACUGUAAGUCGCUUUGGAUAAAAGUGUCUGCUAAAUGGCUUAUUAUUAUUAUUAUUAUAUUUACGUAUAUAUCUAGAUAAUGUUUGUAUAGGUUUUUUCUUUUCUUUAUGUUUAUGAAAUGUACUUAAACUAAUUGGAGGAACUUCUCAAAAGAAUGUAUGAAACAAUGUCAACAUGGCUUCAGUUUGGUUCUGUAAGUAAUCACUAGCAUGAAUGUUCCCUGUAAUGUUUCAUAUCACAUGGUUGGUGUUUCUUAAAUGUUGAUUUAUGUUUUAACUUGAGACUUUUCCAAAGUCUCAAUUUAUACCUGUAUAUACAGGAACUGCCAAAAUAAAUGAAACACCAACAUAGUGUCUUAAUAGGGCGUUGGGCCACCACGAGCCAGAACAGCUUCAAUGCACCUUGGCAUAGAUUCUACAAGUGUCUGGAACUCUAUCGGAGGGAUGCGACACCAUUCCUCCAUGAUAAAAUUCAAUUAUUUGGUGUUUUGUUGAUAUUGGUGGAAAAUGCUGUCUCAGGCGCCGCUCCAGAAUCUCAAUUGAGUUAAAAUCUGGUGACUGAGACAGCCAUGGCAUAUGGUUUACAUUGUUUUCAUGCUCAUCAAACUGUUCAGUGACCACUCGUGCCCUAUGGAUUGGGGGAUUGUCAUCCUAGGGGAGCAUAGCCAUGGUAGCCAAAAUAAUGGUUCUGACUAGGUGGAAUACAGCUACGACCAGAAGUGACUUUCGUAGCAGGUUAGGAGAACUUACGCAAUAGGUUAGGAUAAUUACUGUUGAGUGUGUAAAACCCAGCAGCGUUGCUAUUCUUGGCACAAACCAGUGCGCCUGGCACCUGCUACCAUACCCCGUUCAAAGGCACUUCAUUUUUUUGUCUUGCCCAUUCACCCUCUGAAUGGCACACAUACACAAUGCAUGUCUCAAAUGUCUCAAGGCUUAGAAAUCCUUCUUUAACCUCUCUCCUCCCCUUUAUCUACACUGAUUUGAAGUGGAUUUAACAAGUGACAUCAAUAAGGGAUCAUAGCUUUCGCCUGGAUUCACCUGGUCACUCUAUGUCAUGGAAAGAGCAGGUGUCCUUAAUGUUUUAUAUACUCAGUGUAUAAAGUAGGUAACAUUUGUGUACUGUUAUUACCAUAGCAAUAAUGCAACCUGGCAGUGUAUACUAGGCAGUUAAAAAAGAGCCAGGCAUAAUUACACAUAGUAAGGGUAGUAGCGUUACAAAAAACCUUAAUAACCAUAGCUAUCCUUGUUUGUUUGUAGUAAACGUAGUGUCAUAAAUAGCUAUAAUAAUCUGGCAGAAUGUAUAGCCUAAUAAGAUGGUACGUUUUCAGGGCGGGACUGCAGAUACAUGGGCCUGUUGAAUGGACUGUACACCCGCACGGUGCCUGAGGUGGCAGAGGAGGCCGUGGACCUGGACAUGCCUGACUCCAAUAGGACGUGAGUCCACUUGUACAGCACAAUGCUCAGAAUGUGUCCUUGUUCACAAUCAAAUGGAUAUUUGCCAUUGCUUAUUGUCUUUGUGUCUGUUGUCCAUGACUAGUUGCAGUGCUGACUCGAAGAAACAGGACCACUCAAAUACUUCUCUCCAACCACAAGAUUCUGCACAGGAGAAGAAAGGUGUCCAUGUCUCCAUGACAUUCACCACCAUGAGAAACACAUUGGCCUCAUGAUUUUUCCUACAGCGAUCGCUAUUUCCCUCCUUUCUCCCCGUCCACAGCCUUGGCUUGUAGCAGCCUAACUUCUCUCCCAGCAUCAUUACAGGCAUCAGUCUGGAUGUCUAGAGCAUGUAGGAAAUUAUUCCAUCCGUUUAGUGAUAUAGCCCUGGUCCUGUGGGAUAUAGACUUUGUUUAAUAGGGUCUGAGUGAGUUCGGAGCAGCUCACCAUGCUAUGUUUCCCCCAGUGUGAGACUCUCACUCCUCCAGUUAAAUCCCCACCCAGAUUUCAGAGACUUAACUAAGUGAAUAGUUGUCUUGGCAUGGGGAGCACUGAGUACUGUGACUGGCCUGGACAUUCUGUUCGGCUGCACGGAUAGGGCUGUCUGUUGGCUGUCUAUAGACCACAUCUAUUCUGUUCUCCACGCUACAUUCGUUGGGCUCAGUUUUAGGUUUGCGACGCCACCCAAAGGCUGAAUUGGAGUUGUCUAGCACCCAUAAACUAUGUAACAAGAUCUCCUCAUUUGCUUAGUUUGCUUGUACAUUUAGAACUAUACUGUAGAAUCGUUUAUCAUUGUUGUGUGACAGACAUCCAGUUCAAAUGUGUUGGCACAGUUGUGUUGGCACAGAUCAAUACUGUAUGUGAUACGUGUUACUUAUUACGUAUUCUCUCCCUCUCCUACCCACACCUGCAGAACCUUCCAGUUCCACGUCAUCUCUCCUGUCUGGGAACAGCCGAUGGAAGAGGAAGAUCCAUGCUAGUGAGUAGGCUAUCUGCUGUUGACAAUCUGACAUGAUCCUUAUACAGUAUCUGGCCCAUCGAUCACCUCCUGUCCUUAUCCUACAGACAUCAUUUUACCCCUUCUAAUGCCCUACUGUGGCUUUACUAGCUUUGUGAUGUUUGUGUUUUGUAGAAGUAUUGUAAAGAGCUGUUGCAGUUAGGGGCCUAUGGUGCGUACUUCAUGGCUUUAAUAAUCCCAAUGGGCCAUUGACCUUCAACUCUCCCAUGUUGGGUUAUUUUUGUCAAUGCAGUAUACUUAUAGCGGGCUAUCCCUGGAGUUUGUUUAUACCAGCUCACCAUUCAUUUAUGGAUUUAGACCUGAAGGACUGUAAAGCCCCAUGGUUAAAUUGAGCAAGAUAGUGAAGAUUAAAAUCCAGUCGGACCACUAAUGACUUUCUACUGAUGGAAAUAAGGUUUAUCGUCUUUAAGCUGGUUACAUGCAAGAAAAAAAUAACAGUUUACUAACUGAUGGUACUGAAGUCUUGAUUGAGAGUGAGCAUUAAAUUAAAGAUAUAAAAGUUGAAUGAGAAGUCCUGAGCAUCAGAGCUGUUCUCUCCACACUAGAGGGAGCUGGUGAUCUCUGGGGAAAAGAGUUUUAAUAUUAGUUUUUAUCUGGAGUUGUCUACAAUUGAAUGAGAUUAGAUUAGUGUUUGGAAAAUGAACAACAUUAUAACUGUGCUCUCUUGCUGAUGAAACGCAAUGAUUUUGGUUACUUCAACUCUUUUGAACUAUAAGGGUUUUGCAUACAUUAUUAGAAAAUGCGUAAUGCGUAAUGACCCUAAUGUUAUACACAAUGACAACACAGGAUUAUUAUGUAUUUAGCAUAUGCAUGUUGAUGUGAAUGCAUCCGAAUAGUGUGUUAAGUCUGAUCUACAGCACUGUGUUGCUGUAUGAGCUCUGAUGAAUGCAUGUUAUAUAUACUGAACAAAAAUAUAAACGCAACAUGUAAAGUGUUGGUCCCAUGUUUCAUGAGCUAAAAUAAAAGAUCCAAAAAAUGUUCCCUACGCACAAAAAGCGUAUUUCUCUCCAAUUGUGUGCACAAAUUUGUUUACAUCCCUGUUAGUGAGCAUAUCUCCUUUGCCAAGAUAAUCCAUCCACCUGACAGGUGUGGCAUAUCAAGAAGCUGAUUAAACAGCAUGAUCAUUAAACAGGUGCACCUUGUGCUGGGGACAAUAAAAGGCCACUCUAAAAAGUGCAGUUUUGUCACACAACACAAUGCCACAUAUGUCUCAAGUUUUGACGGAGCCUGCAAUUGGAAUGCUGACUGCAGGAAUGUCCACCAGAGCUGUUGCCAGGGAAUGUAAUGUUAAAUUCUCUACCAUAAGCCACCUUCAACGUCGUUUUAGAGAAUUUGGCAGUACGUCCAUCCGGCCUCACAACCGCAGACCAUGUGUAACCACGCCAGCCCAGGACCUCCACAUCCAGCUUCUUCACCUGCGGGAUCGUCUGAGACCAGCCACCCGGACAGCUGAUGAAACUGAGGAGUAUUUCUGUCUAUAAUAAAGCCCUUUUGUGGGGAAAAGCUCAUUCUGAUUGGCUGUGCCUGGCUCCCCAGUGGGUGGGCCUGACUCCAAAGUGGGUUGGCCCAUGGCUGCGCCCCUUCCCAGUCAUAUGAAAUCCAUAGAUUAGGGCCUAAUUUAUUUCAACUGACUGAUUUCCUUAUAUGAACUGUAACUCAGUAAAAUCGUUGAAAUGUUGUGUUUAUAUUUUUGUUCAGUAUAUGUUGUACUCUACUCCUUUAGCUCUCCCUCUCAUCCUGGUGAGGCACUUCUCACAUGAAAAAGCUGCAGAAGAAGAGGAGCCCACCAUUGAAGAGGCCAACUCUGAUUUCAAGGAGAUUGAACCACUGGUAAAGCACAAUAUUCAUACAGAUACUCAACAAUUUCCUGUGUUAUAGAAACAUUUCACAUAUCAACCCUAUUGCAACUGAGCAAUAAAACAAUACUUGUGUAUUUUUUCAGCAGGUCUCCCAUGAUGGUCCUAAACUACCUCCAGAUUCUCAGAAUCUAUUGAUGGGUAAAGAAGAGCGUCCUGUCACCAAAGUGCCCCAGCUGGAGGAAGCAGUCGGCCCAAAGAAGAGGCUGACACUGUCCCUGUCUGAGAAAGAGAAGCUCCUGGACUGGAACCUGGUUACUCCAGAGGAGGCCCGAAGCCCUGGAGGAGGAGGCCCAUCCAAACACUCCAAACCUGGGGACCAGAUCCCCCAGAAGGACCCAUUGCCUCAGGUAGACCCAGAGAUAGAACCAGUCCCAGCUCAGCCCCAGCCGGCACCGUCCACGUUCCAGGUUUGGGCAAAUGCCUUCAGGAGGUAUUUUGGGGUAUCGGGGACAACAACAGACUCCAACACAGUUGUCACCAGGAGGAAUAACAACGGGCCCACCAAGCCCAGGCCUCUGUCUGACGGAGCCUUCAGCUUUAGGUCCCUGUUUGGGGCUACUGCCCAAAGCCAGGAGGCCAAACCAGUCGGAGUGGAUCAGAAGAGCCAGCUGACCCCACACCCAUGCAAGGCCUCCAUGGGUGAAAGACCCUCAGACCUGCCCAUGCUACUGGAGCAGGUGUCCCUAGGCAGCAACAAGUCUGUGGGCUCCAUCACCACCGACGACAUGGCCUUUCUGCCGCCCAGGAAGCUCAACUUCUUCUCCUCCCUGAGGCUGAAGAAGAGAGAGGGGCUGGAGAGUGUGGGAGUGGGGGGUCAGGAGAAGGACAUCGGGACCAUCCUGUCCAACAUCAGGAACAAAGGUCAGGGGUCAAGUUACGGGAGGAUGUGAUGAGCAUUAUGAUAUGCUUCUACUCCUUUGUCAUCCGUGGCUAGUAAAUGCUACAAUGCUAUAAUGAAAUGCUAUAAAUUAGGAACAAUAGUAGCCUAUACUGUGUGUAAAUCACAUAGUUGAAGUGAGUGUACGACUACAUUCUACAGUUUGAAGACCACUGCUCCAGUUAAAUGUUCUUGUGUCGUCUCAUCUAUACACAGCCUCCAGCGAGCAGCAGAAGGAUGAGUCCAACUCCUCAAGUGACGAUGAGCUUGUCCCAGCCAAACCUUUGGCUGGGAGCUUGUCCCAGCCGAAGGUAAGGGCCCUCUUCCCAAACUCUUACAUGCAUCAUUCCUUUCUGCCUUUCUUGUAAGUAAUCACUGAUCAUGACAUUAAAUAAUGGGUGAAAGCACCAAUCCAUGUCAGAUCAGUGAUUAGAAGCAGCUCUCCUCAAGGCAGAGGAUGCAUAAAGGAGGCAUAAAGAGACCGGUGGGGACCAGAGAACAGAUAAUCCAUCCUCCAUUAGAGAGUGAUUACUGGGAAGGCUGAAGGAGCACAUCAUGACCUGCUCAUAUCACUUCACAUACAGGGAGGAAAUCCCACUUUGGUGUUGUAGUAGGUCUGGGCACCGUUUUGCACCUCUCUGUUAGGAACGGCCUUGUUUACUUCACUCUCAACAGAAUUACUGCCACUUUUGAACCAUCUCUGCUACUUCCGCCAGGUCAGGAUAAGUGCAUGACUGAUAAGAUAUCAGACUGAUGUGCACAGACCCCUAAUAGUUGUGACUAAGAAAAUAGGGUUAAACUCUGCUGUGAGGUAAGUGGUAUGUGACACUGUCUUGCUGGUCUAUGUUUAGAACCAUGGGAGCUCAGAGAGACAGAGGAGGAGGCAGGAGAAGACUGUGAUUCAACAGGACAAGAGAGAGCAGCUGAAGAGACUCCACAGAGCCCAGGUACUGUAGAGCACAUAGACGACAGAACAGCACUACCACACAAUGGGCUUCUGUGAUCAUUUGCAAUCAUUUAUAUGUUUUAUAGAAGGGUUGGUUGUUUAGGCAUGCACAACUAUGGGGCAAAACAGAUGGGUUGGCUUAGAUUGUUGAUAACAUGUAAGCUAUAUUUCGUCCCCAAUGUUUAUUGAAAACACAAUGAGCACUUGUUGUCUCUCAAAUACACCGUUACAGUUGUUGGUUUAGCUAGCGAAUUUGAGCAUAUUGGCAUUGACAUGAAAUCAGUCAAAACACCUCAAAACAAGACAUAACAAGCUGAAACGAGCCCCUUACGAUUCCCUACAUGGCAGUUUUUUGUCAUUCUUGCUAACAAUCUGGCCAUCCAGAAUCACAACAACACGCUGACAUCUACCCCACGGAAGUGUGCACAUCGUUUUCGUGACGUUGUCAGCUAACCCAUCUAUAUAAAAAAAAAUCUGAUAAAUUUGAAUCACUCAUGAAGUCUUCCACAAAUGUAUUUGAUUUGUUGGGGAGAUGAAUGGAAUAUAAAUAUUGUGUGUUGAGCUACAUUGUGAGCCUGCGCUGGUUGAUUCUGACCUGGUGGUUCUUUUGUGAAGAUCAUCCAGAGGCAGCUGGAGGAAGUGGGGGAGAAGCAGAAGGACCUGGAAGAGAGAGGGGUGUCCAUUGAGAAGGUCCUUCGUGGCGAAUCCCCAGGUGUGCCACACUGAGUCUCAACUGCAUGUACUGUACCUUUGGCGAGUACUGUACGUUUGUCAUCCCAUGCUGUGUGGAUUCCAACAGCUGCACUGUGUAUGAGUAAAGUACAUAAAAGUGUAUCCGUUCGGUUGACGUAUCUCUGACUCUUGGCCAGAGCAUUUUAUGAAUGUAUGACAAUGGAUUGGAAGGGUCAGAAUCAGAAUGUUCAGUAAGUUUGUGUCCUUGUAUCAGAGAGGCCUUAUUCUAUGAAGGUAACGCACAAAGACAUGGCACAUGAAGACUGGGCUAUGAACAGAGAGCGGAGAAAGGCAUGGCUGAAAAUGGAACUCUCUUAGUCUUUGUUUGACCUCAGCCAGGAACAUAUAGUUGAGACACAGAAAUACUGUAUUCAGAAUGACCUAUGCUCGUUCUAGUUGUCCUGUUUCUGUGAGAUUUGAAACUGGCAAUGCCUCUCUAAUCAUUAUUUCAAUUUCCUUAUCUAGAGUAGUCUACAGUCAGAACUACUCUGAUGCCUUUGCUAGGAAAAUAUAUAAUAGAAAUGGUACCAAAUUAUAGUCAUUUGCAUUCAACCAAAAUAACAAUUUUAAGUUUAAAUUGUUUUGAAAUCACUACAGUGGCAAUUGGCCUUGUGAAGAGAGGAAGGCGGGGGGAAAGCUUUCCCAUGUUUCAUUACCCUUGCACAUGGUGAUAUACAAGUUAGCCAUUAAAGACAGCCAUUUUAGAAUGAAAAACAGUAAUUCCUUUUAACAAGUAAUGUUUUUAUACUGAUAAUCAUAUUCCUCAAAGGUACAUUGUGUUUUGCCAGAAUUGUAAAUGUGAUUUUCACACAUUUCUCAGAAAUGUGUUUGUUGCUUCUGCACCCUUCAGAUAAAGAAUUAUUGAGAGUUUUUAAGCAUAGUUAGCUGUUACUUUUAUUACAAUUACAUUAAAUUAGAUUACAGUGCAUAAAAGCACACAAAACUGAGUAAUGCAAUUGUUUCAUUCAAGUUUUUGUCCUUCUAUUCUCAAAUGGAAAGCACAUCUCCUGUGUAAAGACCUUUUUGUGUAAACUCAAGUUUUGUUCAAUAGUCAGGCUCAAUGUUAAAAGCCUCCACAGAGACUGAGUGUCUCUUGUCUAAGUACCAUUGAGACAGAGACAUUAACAGGCAGGCUGCUCUCAGUACAGUGAAUGGCCUUGCAAAUUCUGAUUCAAUAUCUACACAGAGAUAUUCUCUUGUGAUGCAGGCCUGAAGGGCAUCGGCAGCAGUGCCAGCCAUUGUGUGCCUGUUUACAUUGCUUUGUUUGUAUAAUUGUAUUAAGGUGAAGGGCUCUUGGCUCAAUAGACUCUUUGUUAAUUUACAUUAUUAACAGACUUCAAAUGGAUAGAAAGAGGGCAGGAAUAGGUGUCAGAUAAUGACUGAAGUUUAUGUGCAUGGCAAGAUUCUGAGUUUGAAAAUGCUGUCAUUAAAUCAAACACGCUCUCCUAAUGGGUCAAACAUGUCAUAUCUGUAGUUAAUUUAAAGCUCAGUGUUAGUAGCUUUGACAUAAAAUCCUUAGCUCCAGAUCCAGUCACCCACUAACUCGUUUAAAUUACACACUAGUAUGGAGAAUGUGCUUAGGCAGUUUAAAUAAAUACAUUUAGCCUGUUGUCUGAAUGUUACAUUGUCAUGUUAUUACAUUUUCAAAAGUUAACUUUUGAAGCUCCUCUGAUAGUUACGAAGUUCCAUUUUAUGAAGUGUUUUAUGACGUCUCUAGGGUUAGUAUUGGGUCGUUCCACGAAAUGAGUGCCUUUUGCGUCCCUGUGAUAUUUUAAGUAGAAAUUGUAGACCAAUAUUUAAUUUUAAAAGUCGGUUAUAUUAAAUUAAGUCCCCUUUAAUAUAGACCACAUGGAGAAUUCAAUAAAUCAGAUUUUUCAUAUGAAAAAAGACUGAACCCACUGGGCACAGUGUAUUCCUCGUUGGUUCAAUGUAAUUUCUUUGGAAUGACGUGGAAACAACCAGUGCUGAAGUGCCAAAACAGCUGAGGUGCCAAAAUUCAGCAUUUUGACAUGUCCCUCCAUGUGACUUCUAGGAAGGUUUUAACCCACUUAACCCCAACAUUUCUCCAGGUUCACCAUCAUUGUAAAGCCCUAGUUAUUUUUGUUGCUUUGACAAAGUCAAUUUGGAAUAUUAUUAUUUAUUUAAUGUGAUUAGUGAUUCAUUUACAUAUGUCCCUCAUUUUAAGGUCAACCCUGUUACGUGAACUGAACUCUUGUUUUAAUAUGGUAAAACUAUUCCUUUUUAAAUUUGUUUUUCAAAAGAAACAUUGAACAUCUAAUACUCAAAUCACAGUGUAAAAGUAGGUGAGCUGGUUCUACUCUUUUUGGCCAUUUGCUGGUGUUUUAUGGUGAAAAACUGAGCAGGUUGAGCAUAACACAUCAACCCUGUCAUGCAUAAAUAGAUAGGCUAGAAAUGUUUUAACAAUAAAUAAAAAUGGUGAAGCUUGCAUUCAAUUGCCACUCCCUGUUCCACACAACAAGCUUCCAAUCCCCUUGUGACAGGGAUUGUGAUCAUCCUUGAGAUGUGUCUACAACUUGGAGUCCACCUGUGGUAAAUUCAAUUGAUUGGACAUGAUUUGGAAAGGCACACACCAGUCUAUAUAAGGUCCCACAGUUGACAGUGCAUGUCAGAGAAAAAACCAAGCCAUGAGGUCGAAGGAAUUGUCUGUAGAGCUCAGAGACAGGAUUGUGUCGAGGCACAGAUCUGGGGAAGGGUAUAAAAAAAUGUCUGCAGCAUUGGCCUCCAUCAUUCUUAAAUGGAAGAAGUUUGGAACCACCAAGACUCUUCCUAGAGCUGGCCGCCCGGCCAAACUGAGCAAUCGGGGGAGAAGGGCCUUGGUCAGGGAUGUGACCAAGAACCUGAUGGUCACUCUGACAGAGCUCCAGAGUUCCUCUGUGGAGAUGGGAGAAUCUUCCAGAAGGACAACCAUCUCUGCAGCCCUCAACCAAUCAGGCGUUUAUGGUAGUGUGGCCAGAUAGAAGCCACUCCUCAGUAAAAGGCACAUGACAGCCUGCUUGGAGUUUGACAAAAGGCACCUAAAGACUCUCAGACCAUGAGAAACAAGAUUCUCUGGUCUGAUGAAACUAAGAUUGAACUCUUUGGCCUGGAUGCCAAGUGUCACGUCUGGAGGAAACCUGGCACCGUCCUUACGGUGAAGCAUGGUGGUGGCAGCAUCAUGCUGUGGGGAUGUUUUUAAGCGGCAGGGACUGGGAGACUAGUCAGGAUUGAGGGAAAUAUGAACGGAGAAAAGUACAGAGAGAUCAUUGAUGAAAACCUGCUCCAGAGCGCUCAGGACCUCAGACUGAGGCGAAGGUUCACCUUCCAACUGGACAAUGACCCUAAGCGCACAGCCAAGACAAUGCAGGAGUGGCUUCGGGACUAGUCUCUGAAUAUCCUUGAGUGGCCCAGCCUGAGCCCGGACUUGAACCUGAUCAAACAUUUCUGGAGAGACCUGAAAAUAGCUGUGCAGCGACGCUCCCCAUGCAACCCGACAGAGCUUGAGAGGAUCUGCAGAAAAUGAUGAGAGAAACUCCCCAAAUACAGGUGUUCCAAGCUUGUAGAGUCAUACCCAAGAGGAAUUGAGGCUGUAAUCGCUGCCAAAGUACUGAGUAAAGGGCUGAAUACUUAUGUAAACGUGAUAUUUCAGUAUUUUAAAAAAAUAAAUUUGCUAACAUUUCUAAAAACCUGUUUUUACUUUGUCAUUAUGGGGAAUUGUGUGUAGAUUGAGGGGGGGAAAACAAUUUAAUCAAUUUUAGAAUAAGGCAGUAACGUAACAAAAUGUGGAAAAAGUCGAGGGGUCUGAAUACUUUCCGAUUGCACUGUAUGUCCAUCUACUGUAUAACCUUGUGACAGGGAGCUUAUUAGUCGACCUUGGACGUAAUGGAGGAAUGAAGAAACAGGAUUAUCAAACUUCUAUAUUGUCUGGGGUUGGGGUAACUGAUUGUGAUCUUGCUCUCUCCCUCUAUCAGACAAAGGUGAUGGUCUCUCUGAUGAGCACGAGCUCCUUCAAAUGUGGUUCAAGCUGGUCCUGGAGAAGAACAGACUGGCACGCUACGAGGAAGAGCUGGUCAUAUUGUAAGUAGGAAAAGAUGAGAAACACAGUACAUUCUCAGACAGUGACCAUCUUAUGGAGUGAAGAGUGUUUGAAUAGGUUGUCUUGUCUGUUGUUAGUGCUCAGGAACUCGAGCUGGAGGACAGACAGAGUCAACUACAGAUGGAUCUACGACACAGGAUGUCCAUAGACGGUAUGGGUCACACACUGUGUAAUUGUAGUGUAGUACUGUGCAAUUGUAGUAUAAGUUACACAUUCUGUACUUACCACUGUUACAACUUUUAUACGUUUGUGCCACUGCCCUCUAUCCGCUGUGGCCCUUUGCAGAUUCCAGGAAGAGCUCCAGUGAGCUGGCGGAGGAGCAGAAGAUGCUGACAGAGAUCAUGAAGGUGGUGGAGAGGAGAGACACUCUGGUCAGCCUGCUGGAUGAGCAGCGGCUGCAGGAGAGGGCUGAGGACAGAGACCUGGAGAGCCUUGUACUGUCUAGAGGCUACCAGUUCCACUGGACCUGAGGAGAAUCAGCCCUCUGGGGCAGGGAAAAGGCUACAGUACCAUGCAGCUCCACAGGCAGAAGAGACAAGUGACUUCACUACUACUGACUACACUACUGGAUUUGGCCACACGUGGCAUGAUGAUCCUUUGAAUAUGUAUAUGUACAUUUGACUUGUCAAUUCCUACUUGAGGAUCACACCUCUUAUGGACCUGAGGGUUGUACAUCAAGUGAAUGUAUAGCCUAGUCUCUCGAGACAGCCUUCAGAGAUUACUGUAUGCCUAUCCAAGAACAUCUCAGAAUGUAUGCAGCCUUAUGAAUGGAAUAAAUUAAAUAGAAUAAUAUAAAACACUUUGUCAGUUGCACUUAUAAACACUACAGAAACCCAAAGAUUCAACCUAUCAAAUAUUUUUUCCAUCUCAAAGUAAAAUAUACUUAUGUAUAGGCCUCUAUUAAUUCUGUUCAUGUGUUGUAUCGUUGCUGUUGUGUUGAGGAGCACUGGAGAAAAAAAAUGACUGGAUAUUGUAACUUUAUCUGCACUGUAUAAUCCAAUACACCAAGGACAGUGUCAGUGAAGUUAAUGGGUGUCCAUGUUUGUAAUGUUCCACAGGACUUUUUACUAUUAUUAUUAUUAUUAUGUCUGAAGUCAUACACGUCAGUACUGACCACAAUCAACAUGAGUUGAUUCACUUUUAUGAGUACAAUUUUCCCUCCUUGUUUCAUGUAAAUUAAGAUUGUAUCUGUUGGUUCAAUAAUUUAUUUAGUUGACAAGUUUAAAUCAAAUCUUAUUUGUCACAGGCUUCAUAAACUACAGGUGUAGACUAACAGUGUUGAAGAGAUGAAAAAUAUUCCUGGAGAGAUUGAUGCACGUCGGAUGAAUCGUGUGGUGAAUGAAGAAAAAGUGAA